GGAUAAGGAUGGCAGCUUACCGCCGCCCCCCCCCCGCCCAAAAAGGAUAAGAGUUACCAACCCACCAGGAUUGGCCCGGAGUCUCCAGGAAUUGAGGAUCAACAUACAGGACCCCACUGCGCGCAACCCUGGAGAAAAAUCAUCCGGACGUUGAAAAAAAAUUCUGUGUCAUUUUCUUUGAGGGUUUUAUCUUGGCCAGAUAUAAAAAUUAUUGCAAAUGGUGGAGAAAGAAAGGUUGUUUCGGCCGAUAGUCAAGCAUCAUCCGAUUGGCCUUAGGAAGUGUGCAGUUCCCAAGUGCAAUGAAGAACAAAUAGGGAGGACCCAUUGUGCCAAAUGCGGUGUCAAAAGUGGGUGGAGAACUGUCGGAGAGCAGACUUGGAAAACAGGUCUGCUGAACAGCUUCACAAACAGUACAGACUAUGUGCGAGACAUUUCGAACAAUCCCUGAUAUGCACAAACAGCCCUUACAGAACAGUCCUUAAGGAUAAUGCAGUACCCACCUUGUUUGACUUAACAAGUCAUCUCAAUAAACCUGAAGGCAAACACAGAAAGCACAAGAGGAUAAAAGAACUGACUGAAGAGGAUUUAUUGAGGGUGAAAGCACCAAGAACUGAUUGUGAUGUCUUGAGAGGUCUACAGUGUAAGCAGGAGGCAAUCAAUGAACUAGACAAAACAGACCUGGAAGAAGCCACCGAAAGCCUCGAGGAGUCUACUCUCCUGGAAGAAUCUUUGAACUUGACACCUGAAGAGAAAGGGAACAAAGAGUUUCUCAAAGUUUUAUUUGAAACUGUAUUGCUUUUGGGAAGGCAAAAUGUUCCAUUGGGGGGAUCUGCCAAUGAAAACUUGAGCAACUUGUGCAAUACUCCCGACAACAUUCAAGCGCUGCUGGAAUUCAGAAUGAAUGCUGGUGAUGAAAUUCUUAGAAAGAGGUUUGAGACUACUGCUGUGAAUGCAGUAUACUGCCCAAAGAACUUGCAAAAAGACUUGUUAGACAUCUGUGAGAUGUGCAUACGGGAAGAGGUACUCCGAGAAGUACGGGACAGCAACUUUUUUUCAAUUAUAACAGACGAAGUGAUCAACGUAGCAGGGCUUGACCACGUGUCCCUGUUAAUUAGGUUUGUGGAUGAGUCUGACUGCCUGAGACAAGAGUUUGUUGGCUUCAUACCCUGUGAGCUUGAUGGAGAGUUCUUGGCAAGUCGGAUCCACGAGACACUGACAGAAAAGUGGGGACUGAACAUGUAUUACUGUCGUGGACAAGCAUAUAAUGGCUCGGGCACAAUGUCUUACAAAAAACGAGUUGUUGUGGCUAGCAUUUUACAGCAGUGCCCGAAGGCAUUGUGCACUCCUUGUUCCUCCUACCCCCUGAACAUAUGGAUAGCCAAAUCCAGCCUCAUUUUCGGUAUUAACAUGGUUUUGAGCUUGAUGGAGAACAUUGUAUCAUUUUUUGGUUUGUCACCUCAGCUCCAGAAGGUUUUUGAUGUUGGCAUUGAUGGCAUCUAUCAAACCAACGAGGAAAAGGCAAAGGAGCUGAAAAAACUUUUUCAAAUCAAUUGGUAUGAAAGACACGACACUUUUGAGAUCCUGGCAGAUCUUUACGAAGUGCUGGUGACCUGCUUGGAUGAGAUCAGCUACGAUACAUGUGGUAGGUGGAAUGCUGAGAUAGCAACCCAGGCCAGCAUGCUAUCCUCGACCAUGAGAGAUUUUGAAAUAGUUGUCUCUCUCAUGGUCCUGAAGAAUGUCCUCUCGUACACAAGAGCCUUUGGCAAAAAUCUGCAAGGUCAAGCCUCAGAUACCUAUUUUGCCUCAAGCACUUUGACUGCGGUCCUGCACUCGUUAAAUGAAAUGAGGGACAACAUUGACGUCUAUCAUGAGUUCUGGUUGGAGGAAGCCACCAAUUUGUCAAUCAAAAUGGGGAUUGAACUGAAGCUGCCAUGGAGGUGCCGCAGGCAACCUCAAAGUGAAGAGGUUUCUGAGGAGACUCCGGAAAACUAUUACAAAGAAGCAAUCACUGCACCAUUUCUGGACCACAUUAUUUUAGAAAUUGAGGACAUGUUUUCUGAGCAGCAGCUAAAGGCUCUCAAGUGUCUGUCUUUGGUGCCUUCUGUUAUGGCACAGCUGAAAUAUAACACUGGGGAGGAAAACAUGGCUGAUUUAUAUAAAGACGAUCUCCCAAACCCAGAUACGCUUUCAGCAGAACUCCACUGCUGGAAGAUAAAAUGGAAGCAUCGAAGCCGAGAUGUUGAACUUCCUAGUACUAUUUUUGACACUUUGCGCCAUCCUGACAUCAAAUUCUUUCCAAAUGUAUACACUUUGCUUAAAAUUGUCUCCAAUCUGCCUAUCAUUAAGCUUGAAACUGACAAGUGUGAAAUUGGACGGAAGCGACUCAAAGCUUAUUUGAAAGUCACUCCAGUCGAGGAGAGAAUGAGUAGCCUGGCACUGAUCCAUAUAAGUUAUGAUGCAAAACACGACUACGACAUGAUGGUCGAUACCUAUGCUAAACUGUACCCAGAGAAAAUGCAGUUGCCCCAUGUGACUGAUUCCGAUAACGUGGAUGUAAACAAUCAUCAUGCAAGCACUAUGGAAAUAAAUAGUUUGGAUGCAAGUACGCGAACAGUGUAUGAAGUAGAUGGUGAGUGCAUGGAGGUGGCAAGCCACACGGUGGAGAGUGGGGUUGUGCUGCAUCACCAGUCGGCAGGAUGUCUAAUGGAAGUCUGUCAGAAUCCUGAUAAGACUGUCAUAGAGGUGACCCAGCAUGCAGAGGGGACUACAGUAGAACUGCAACAGUUUCCAGUAAGCAGCACCAUGAUUGUGACCCAGCAUUCCGCCGAGCCCACUGUGGAAUUGCAGCACCAUCCAGACGGGGCUGAGGUCAGCCAAGAGCCAGUAGAAAGCAAUGUGGAACUGCAGCACCACAUAGAGGGCAGCGUGGUGGAGGUGAUCCACCAUCCGGAGGUGAAUGGUGUGGAAUUGCAGCACCAUCCAGCAGGGGAAGUUAUUGAGGUGAGAGCUGUGGAGCUCCAGCCACAGUUGGAGACCAGCACCGUGGAGUUGCAGCACCAGGUACAGGAGGGCGCAGUGGCUCUGCAUCUGGAGGGAAAUACUGUGGAGCUACAGCACCAUCCAGAGGGCAGCACUGUGGAAUUGCACCAUCCGCAGACGAGUGCUAUGGAGUUGAGUCACCAUAUAGAGGAGAGCACCAUGGAGGUGGAUCAUUGUCCAGAGCCUAGUGCCACAGAGUUACAGCAACAUCCGCAACCUGGUGCCAUAGAAUUGCAACACCAACACCACCUGGAGUCUGGUGAGGCAGAGAUACAGCAUCAUCAGGAAUCUGUUGUUACAGAGAUACAACACCAUCCAGAGCCUGGUGAAGUAGAGAUUCAACACCAUCUGGCACCUGUUGUUACAGAGAUGCAACACCCUUCAGAGCUUGGCACUGUGGAAAUUCAGCACCACCCAGAGCCUGCUGCUAUAGACAUACAGCACCACCCGGAGCCUGUCACUACAGAGGUACAGCACCAACCACAGACUAGAGCCAUGGACUUGCAGCAUCACCCAGAAGCUAACACACUGGACUCUCAGCACCAUCUGGAGUGUCAUACUGCAGUGGAGGGCCAUCCAGAGAUGGAGACAGUGGAGAUAGAGCACCAUUCGGGUGCAAGUGUUGCGGAAUUGAAUCCCCACUCAGAACCGAGCACUGUAGAGCUGGAACAAUGUCCUGAGGCAAACGUGGUAGAACUGGAGAACCGUCCAGAAGCAAUGGAGCUGCAGGACCCUCCUCCAGAAGCAGGCACAGUGGAAGUAGACAAUGUAAGUGUGUGCAAUCAGGAUAUGAACAGUGACGGAAUAAAGAUUGUGGAAAUUAAAAAUUCAGAAGAAAGCAAUUCAGAAACGAACAUUUCUAGUGGGCAAAUUUCACAUCUGAUAAUUCUCUCUCAUUCGAUAGUGCGUUGAGUUGAAACAUUAGGUUUUCUUCCCAAUGUCUCGGGUGGUAAAGGCAGUGUGCAACUGAGCCACACACCAUGGUCCCAUGUUUCAUCCUAGCCUGUGCCAGUGGACAAUGGAGGGGGAGAAAUCAGUUCGUGUUUGCUAUCCAGUAGCUGCUGUACAUGUGUCAACAUGACGUGAGGACUUGGCUUUGGCCCCUCCCUUUCUAGCCUUGCCGCUUGCCUGUGCCUGACCACGGCGGUGAGGGCUGGUGUUGCUGCCACCUGAGGAAGUGCAUCCCAGCAAGUGUCUGCUAAGUGUCCCUAAAUCUUGGGAGAGGAAAGGUAAUGUUCUUUUACAAUAAAUUGAGUAUCGGCAUCUCCCAUUUAGGGCUGUGCAGUGAUAUACAAUGUAGCUGCAACUCCAUAACUGCAGACAACCCUUGGUGAAACCAGCAAAAUAGAGAAUUUAGGGAGUAUUUUCUUAAUGUACCAUUAAGCAGUUCCUUCAGAAGGAAUUGGGUGGGGGUAAGACAAAUACUGACUUCAAAUAAAAACUGCAAAUACUAUGGGACACUUUGUAAAGAUUAAUGCUUUGGGCUGUGGCUGUUCCUCAGAGCUUGAUAAAGGAAGAAUUGCUUAAAGAGAUGGGAGAACAUGGAUACGGGUGUACUGAUUCCAUGCACAGAUACAUUUCUAGAGAACCCUUGAAGCCAUUUCUCACACAUGAACCUUUGGAACAAGUGUCAGCAUCCCAUGCAACUGUCACGGUUGAAGUUGAUCUUACCCCCAGUUGACAUCCUCACUGGUGCAUAACUAGCCUAGAUGGUAGUUAGGUGCUAGAAUCCCCCCGGUUGAUUCCUUUCUCCGCCCAAGCUUCAGUUGUUGCCCAGCUGAAAAUCAACUAGCUCAGCAUGGGACACAGAUCUUAAACCUAGGACCGAAUACUGCAGUGGAUGGUGCAAUUCUAUACUAGGCCAUUGGAGGGAGCUCUUUCCAUGUGCCAUGUAGGUUGCCUGAGGAAUUUAAUGAUAAUAUGCAGUACACAAACCUCUUUUGAGUCUAGUUUUUAAAGGGCUUGAGUGGAUUCUUCCAGCCCUCAUCAGAUUUACUAGGUUAGUAAUUGACCUAUUUCUAUUUGUAUAAAAAUCCUAUCAUUGCAUUAGUGCGAUGUGUAUAACACUGAUGCGGAAGGAACAGUAUUUUAAUGUUUAAAGACAUGUCUGUAUAGAUUAAUUAACCAUUAACUUGUCAGGAGUUGGUAAUUGUUUUAUAAUGCAGUUUAAUUUUCACAGAUGCAUGCUUUCCUACUAGCUGAUUGUGUUAGAAAUUCAUUUCUGUGAAAUACUUUGUAAUUAAUGUUGGGUCUUUUGAAUUACAGUUGAAAGGCUUGCUAUUCAUACUAUCUUUUAAUUUAUAUUUAAAAAAAAAAUCUCACCCAUUUGUGAGUCCCUUAAGCUAAUUGCUAAUGUGGAAAGUUAUUUUUGUAAUGCCCUGUAUCGUGUACUUGUCAAAGAUGUUUCAGAUAAAAAUGGCUCAAGUAUAGCCUCCUGCAAACACCAUCUCCCCCACCCAACCAUGGCUUGGAGUUUAAGGCACCAUCUCUGACUAGAAGGUCUCUCGUUUGAUUUUCAGUCUCAGCUGAGUUUGCUGAACUCAACUAAGGCAAAAGUGCACAACAGUCGCUGCAGUGUCCCCCAGCUUAAGUGAAGGAAAAGGUUCGGCCAAGGCACCUGAUUCCAGUUGCUAUCCAGCUUGCUGGGCAUGGGGUAAGGACAGCAUCGAAGGCGGGUAUUGUUGUGCUUCACAUUCAGGUAGUUCUGUCAACACGUUGUCGAGGCUUGCACUCAAAUGAAGGCCAUUUGGGCGAGUUACUGGAAUGAAUGUUUGAAUGAUGUAUAAUUUUGUCAGUUUCUGGACAAGACACCAUUUCUAACCUUGUUUGUGUGUAAAUAAUGGUUGAGUUGGAGGCUUCUUGUAAAGAUCAGUGUGAGUUUAUUCUGAGUUAGCGGUGCAGUUCAGUGUUUAAUUGCAACAAGGUUAAUGCUCAUUCCAGUAAGUGGUAAAGCUGUUAUGAGUUUGUCUCAAUAGAAGAGAAAUUCCUGGAGGUGGGGGAAAGGGCACAUUAGAACUUACUGGUCAUACGCCACCAUUCAGGUGGUAGAAGUCCAAUGCACACAAAAAAUGCAUAUUUCUCCAGCAGUCACUGUUCAAUACUGAAAGCAGCUAUUUGUAUUUAGCAUUUAAUUAGGUUUUAUGCUGGUGUCACUGAAGUGCCAUUAUGUCUUCUCCCAUCCCAUGCAUACAGCGCUACUUUGGAGAGCCAUUAUGGUGCCUUUCCCACUUCAGUCACCCCUACCCCCACCCCCCAACUAGAACUGAAACGAACAGCCACUAUUUGCAACUUGCAAAGUUUUUUUUUGAGAAUGUCUUAUGCUUUGUGAUUCUUGGCUUUAUUUAAAAAAAAAGACUUCACUACAACAAGCAGUGCAUAUUAACAAAUCCUGGUAUGAGUGAAUGUGGAGAUUGUUGCUGGUGUUUUCCUUUUUGAAUAGGCAACAAGUCCCCAUCAUUCAGGCCAUCUCUUGUGUGUGCUGUGCCCACAAGGCUUGUACUUCAACACACCAUCAGGCCAUAUGAAACGUUCAGAGAAAAAUCUUUCGCACUUGUUUAAUAUUGUAACUUUUUUCAAUAAUUAUGAAAGAAACUUGUCAGAAUUGUUACCUUUUGUAGUAUGUGAAUGCAAUGGGAUAAGUCGUGUUUCUGUGUUCUUGUUUUAUGUUCAGUGUUGCAAAGACUCCUAAUUUGGUUUAUUUCUGCAGUCUAGACGUUGCAUACAUUUUGUGUGUAUCUGUAUUUUACAAUAAAUUGAAAUCUUAGA